CACAAUCCUGGUACUUACUUCACUGUUAAGCUCAUCGCAAGACGAACAAGUCCCACAAUGACUACAGCCUUCCCAAGUAGCCUAGAGGCGGCAAUGCAAGUGGCUACCUAUAUACUGUCUUCUUCAGUCCAUGUACCAGCGGACUUUCCCGGUAGGCUGGUGCGCACUGAAACCGCGACAGGGGCAGUCAAAAUCAGCAUUAUCUCAACGAUGCGGCGAGGAAACCCGAUGAGACCUUCUGGAAAAGAUAGCGAUGACAACACCCAGACAGUACACCACAUGCCGCACUACCAGACUGCGCGCUUACACCAACCAGGGCUCAUUGCCAGUUCAAUCGUAUCGUUCACCGCUGAUCCAUAUGUACUCAUAUAUUGACACCAAUUCUGCAAUAGGUUCCAGAGCAAGCUCAUGUCGGCCUGAUGGCGCUGCCACGUGAGUUACGCGACGAGAUCUACUUCCACGCACUUGUCCCCUCGUAUCCAGUCAAGAUACUUCGUGCCCACAACCCACUUGGCCGCCCUGGUUCCACCAAUGAUGGCACUCGAUAUAACGUUAACCUCAAUCUCACGAUGAUCAACAGCGUAGUCCGGGACGAAACCCUGCGAGUCUUCUACACCCACAACAGCUUCACCUUGCCAACACUACCAUGCCCUCUUUCUCCGCUCUUCAAAUCGACGGUUCGCGCUGUUGAGAUCUUCUUCAGCAAUGCCGACAGCCCGCACACCGAGCCAGCCCUCACCCUCAACCCCGACCAUAUGGUGCUAACCCUUGACCCGAUUACGGGUUUGAUCAGCUACCAGGAGCCAGACGAACUAUAUGAGGCUGAUCAGAUCCAAGGUAGCCGGUUCCUGAACUCGGCUUGGAGUAGCAAAUUUGGCGCUCUGCGGAAUCUGAUCAGUCUCCGCAGCAUCACCAUCAAUGUCCAGAGCUGCUUUUGGAGGGAUGGGCUGACUCGUGCGGUGCGGACAGUGGUCAGCAUGAUGCUCGGUCAUGUUCUCGAAAGGGGGAAGAGGGGCAUGGGAGGGUGUGAUCUCCACAUCGAAGGAAUGACCUCUGCGGAGGCUGAUGACAUGGAGUUACGGUGGGCGGAGUAGGGGCUGUCAUGUACUAUCAUGGUCGAUAAUCCCGAGUG